AUGGGUCAUUUGAGAGUGCAGAAAGAAAGCAAUAAGAAACAGCGAACAAUAAAAAGCAUUCCAAAGGAGUUGCUAGUGGAGAUUUUGGCCAAGGUGGGAACACGCUCCAUCGUUGAUCUCUGCAUGGUCAAACCAUGUUGCAAAGAAUUUCUUGAUGCUGCGGAGGACGAUCAUGUGUACCGUCACGUCUCCAUGGAGAAUUUUGCAUUGGUGCCGCUUCCGUGGUUCACCAGAGAGAAGGAAUCGUCGUUUCUGAAGCGUUGCAGGGAGAGUGGUAACUCGGAGAUUGCGUACCGCGAAGGGAUGGUUCAAUGCUUUAGUUCUUCUUCAACUCUUAAGUUGGGUCUCCAGAAUUUGAAAAAGGCGAUGCUAGAGGGUCACCACGAGGCCAAAUACGUUUACUGCAUGCUUUUGAUGUGUGGUGAAGACGAAGGAGAAAGGGAGGAAGGUUUUCGUCUCUUUUGUUCCUUGGAAGCGUCCACUUGCGUUGGAAGAUGCAGAAAGAGAGUCAAGUCUUUUGUCCGAAGCGUGUGGGUCAGAAACAACCCUUUGCUUCGGAAUCAUAACUUGUCUUUUUGUUGUUCUGGCACGUGCGGUGGUGAGAGGCUCAAAAAACUUUCGACAAGAUGGUCAUGGCCUCAGGAUGAUGAAGAUGUUGCUAGCAUUGGAGUUUCAUGUCAACGUUGUCGUACGGAUCAUGAACUUGGUUUGUUUUGUAACAUAUUUGGUGUCUAAGUUAAAUUAGAAUAGGAAAACAAGUUCAAAUAUUCACUUCAAUUUUUCUUUCUCUUUUCAACUUUUAGUUUCUGUUUUAUUUUUUUUCCCUCCUUUUUCUUUCUCCUUUCAAGUUUUGUAUUUCUUCCUUGUAUAAGUCUUCCAACUUGAUUAUAAGAUAAAAAAAUAUGGUCACUUUUUAUUUGUUCAUUA